AUGCUAGACAAGGAUCUAAACGACGACGAUUUUCUCUGGGUCUCUGGUAAUUUUGAGGAUUAUGAGGCCCAAAUACCGGGCUACAACAUCAACUGGAAUAAAGGAAGCCCUGACUAUGCCUACACUAACCAAGCUGCACUACGAGCUGCCUUACAGUAUCACCACCAUGAUUGGACUGAGCUUUUAGGAGUAGUAUUGAUGUAUCGCUACAGUGGCAAGAGAAAAAAUAAGGAGUGGUAUGAAGCAUUAGAUCAACAUUUUAAUUGGCUGCUUCAAUAUAAGAUCAGCCCAUAUUUUUGCAGAUGGGGUGACAGCAUGCGUGUUCAUUAUGCAGGUCCAAGUGAUGCACCCCUUGCAUCUAAUAAUUUUGAGGCAUUUUUGAAAGUUCCGGAGUUCCUAAGGCCUCAUACUCAAAUAUAUUGCACAAGUGAAUGGGUGCUUGGUAACCGAGAGGAUCUGGCAAAGGAUAUUAUUGCUGAACUUCAACCAGAAAAUUGCGAGGAAUGGUGGACGUAUGUGUGCAUGGGACCAUCUGAUCCUCAUCCUAACUGGCACCUUGGAAUGCGAGGUACACAACACCGUGCAGUGAUGUGGCGUGUGUGGAAAGAAGGGGGAACAGGUUUUCUGUACUGGGGUGCCAACUGUUAUGAGAAGGCAACAGUUGGUAGUGCAGAGAUUAGAUUCAGGCGUGGCCUUCCCCCAGGUGAUGGUGUCUUGUUUUACCCUGGUGAGGUGUUCUCAUCUUCACAUAAUCCAGUUGCCUCACUUAGACUAGAGCGACUUCUGAGUGGCCUGCAGGACAUUGAGUACCUCAAACUCUACGCUUCAAAAUUUGGUAGGGGUGAAAGUGUCUCUCUUUUGGAAAAGACAGGGAUGUAUCUCGGCCCCGAGCGUUACACUCACGAACACAUGCCAAUAGACGUAAUGAGGAGUGAAAUCUUCAGGACAUGCCGAUCCUAAUAGGUCAGUCAUUCCCAAUUUGACUAUGAAGGUAUGGGGGAGAUAAAAAUGGGGUCUGUUAGUCAAAUAGAGUGCUCUCACUGGGAUAUAGUCCAUAUUUUAGAGUUCUUGUGAGUUUUGCCCGUGUUUUUGCAACUGUGUUUGUUUAGUAUCCAAAUCUGCUUUUGUAUUCUUAAAAUGCAUCGACACAUGGUAAUAUCAUACCCACUUAGUUGUGAUGUACAUGCAAUUGUAUGGGGGGUUUGGGGGGAAGUUAAAAAAUAGAGAAGAAAAAGAUACUUUUUGAUCCCUUGAGCAUGUACAGUUUUAUAGCAAAGAGUCUUUUGGGCAAGUACUAGCGUUUUAAUCCCAGAAGUAUCUCAUUCUUUGAAGAAUGCCAUUUUUAACACACACAUUGAACCCUAAAAAUGCUUUAACUACAUGACAAAAUUGUAGAAACAGUUUUUUUUGUUGAGUUUUAUCAAAUGUUGUCCAAUUUUAUAGUGCAAUACAGUUUUUAGUUUGUAUUA